GAUUGGGCUAGGGGGCGAGGUUCAUUACGGGCACGCGGGGCACGAUGGUGGCUCCGGCGGUGGCGUUGGCCGCGGCGUCUGCGGCGUCGCGCCGCUCUUGGAGACGUCUCUUCCGGUGGCGAGCUCCAGGCUCUCGGGCUCCCUGCAGGCCUGUCUGCACCGCCCGGGGCCUGCCAGGUGGCAACGAGUAUGAUCUGCUGGUGAUCGGCGGGGGCUCUGGUGGCCUGGCCUGCGCCAAAGAAGCUGCCGACUUUGGAAAGAAGGUGGCUAUCAUGGACUACGUGGUUCCUUCUCCCAGAGGCACCAGCUGGGGCCUGGGGGGCACAUGUGUGAACGUGGGCUGCAUCCCCAAGAAGCUCAUGCAUCAGGCGGCUCUUCUGGGAGGCGCCCUCGAGGAUGCCCACCACUAUGGCUGGGACGUGGCCCCCUCGGCACCACAUAACUGGCAGCAGAUGGCCACGGCGGUUCAAAACCACAUCAAGUCACUGAACUGGGGCCACCGGGUGCAGCUGCAAGAGCGGAAUGUCAAGUAUUUUAACAUCCACGGCAGUUUUGUGGAUGACCACACGGUGCGGGGUUUCACCAAAGCAGGAAAAGAGACGCUGGUGACCGCAGAUCACAUCGUCCUCGCCACGGGAGGGAGGCCCAGGUACCCCGAAGACGUGGAAGGGGCGAAGGAGUACGGGAUCACCAGCGAUGACCUGUUCUGGCUGAAGAAGUCUCCGGGAAAAACGUUGGUGGUCGGAGCCAGCUAUGUGUCCUUGGAGUGCGCGGGAUUCCUCACGGGCUUUGGCCUGGACACCACAGUCAUGAUGAGAAGUAUCCCACUGCGGGGCUUUGACCAGCAAAUGGCCCUGCUAGUGACCGACUACAUGGAAUCGCAUGGCACCAAGUUUUUGAAGUAUUGCACGAUGAGAAAAUUGGAAAAAUUCGAGGACCAGCGCCUGCAGGUCACCUGGCACAACCACGAGGUGGGCAGAGAAGAGACGGGCGUCUUUGACACAGUCAUGUGGGCUGUAGGUCGCGUUCCAGAAACCAGACAUCUGAACUUGGAGAAGGUCGGAGUGACGCUUCACCCAGACUCGCAGAAGAUCCUGGUCAGCGCCAGCGAAGCAACUUCUGUAGCGCAUAUCUACGCCAUCGGGGACAUCACAGAGGGACGUCCUGAGCUGACCCCCACGGCCAUAAUGGCGGGGAAGCUGCUGGCACGGCGUCUGUUUGGUCACUCUGCAGAGCUCAUGGACUACGACAAUGUGGCCACCACAGUCUUCACUCCCCUGGAAUAUGGUUGUGUGGGAUUGUCGGAGGAGGAGGCAGAGAGACGCUACGGACAAGAAGGCAUCGAGGUUUAUCAUGCGUAUUAUAAGCCCUUGGAAUUUACUGUGACUGAAAGAGACUCCUCUCAGUGUUACAUCAAAAUGGUGUGCUUGCGAGGGGAAGACCAGCGGAUUCUCGGCCUUCAUUUCCUCGGCCCCAACGCAGGCGAAGUUAUUCAAGGAUUUGCUCUUGGAAUAAAGUGCGGGGCCACAUAUUCCCAGAUGAAGAAGACGGUGGGCAUUCACCCGACCAGCGCCGAGGAAGUGACCAAGCUGUGGAUCACCAAGCGCUCGGGCUUGCCGGCCACCGUCACGGGCUGCUGAGGGUAAGCGCCCAUCCCUGGACGAGCCCAGGAGCACCCAG